GGCCACAGAGUAAGCCUCCUGCCGGGUAGAGCGACAACUCUCAAUCGGAAGUUACUAUUGAAGCUAAGGCAGCCAUAACCGAUAAUGGCAACGAGAGUUUCCAGGCUUCUGGUCUCCGGUGUGACGCAUUUCCCUUCGCGCAAUUUCACGGUUGCCCUGGGCAACAGCUGAGCUCUCUGGGAGAUGUAUCUGUAAGUAGGCCCAAAAAGGGACCAAAUGUGCCCAGACAUUCCAUGUUAGACGAGAGAAUGCCCAUUCCGCGUGGAGUCGUGAAGUGCGGUGAGUGUCCCUCGACCUCAACGCGUGGGGCCGGCCUGUCCAGAAGUCCCUCGAAGACCGAGCGCCAAGGGGGCGAGCGGGUCUUGGAGCCUCUUCCGCUCGGGAAAAACUAUCCAACGAUUCAGAUAUGGCGGAAAUCAAGUCAAUGUUCCGGGAAGUUCUUCCUAAACAAGGGCAGGUGUCUGUGGAAGAUAUAACCACAAUGGUGCUAUGUAAACCCAAACUUUUACCCUUAAAAUCUCUGACUCUGGAAAAACUGGAGAAGAUGCAGCAAGCAGCCCAGGAUACAAUUCACCAACAAGAAAUGGCAGAGAAGAAACAACAGCAAAUAACUCAGUGAAUGAUAAUUACCAUUUCUAUGUAACACCCUAUUAACAAUAGCAAGAAAAUUUGCAUCUGUAUGCUGAUAGUAUAUGUUAAUAGAACUGAUAAAUGUUCAUAAUAUAAAAAUACCCGACUGAAAUAUGUAUUGUAAAUUUAAACAGUCUGGUUUGUGUUGAACAUAAGUAAUUAAACUUUGAAUCCAAAAUUUUUUUUUAACCCAAGUUUUUAGAAUUGGAAAUUAUUUUUCACCAUUCCUAUCAGUUAAUUUAAAAAUACCCGACUGAAAUAUGUGAAUCUGGUUUGUGUUGAACUUAAUUAAACUGAACCCAAAUUUUUUUUUAACCCAAGUUUUUAGAAUUAGAAAUUACUUUUCACCGUUCCUAUCAGUUUUAUAGAUAAUAUUCUUAGGCACAAGAAACCAAAUGCAACUUUUAUAUUCAAAGAAUCUUUACAUAUUUAAAACUUAAUUUGAUACAUUCUAAUAUUGUGUACAUGUUCAGCUUUUACAUUAUCUAAUUUUAAAACAUUUUUAUGAAUUUUAUGUCAUGUUUUAAGACUAACUGAUCCUACCAGUAAUGACAAACUGCAUUUCUUAAAUUUGAUUUUUAAGAAACCCUCAGUAGUUCCUUGAGCUUCUAACAAUACUGAUUUUAAGGACUCAAGAAUAAUCUGGCUACUUUUACCUUGCAGGAAUCAAGGUAAAAUCUCAAAAUGGAAAGUAACAUGGACUUGAAAGAGUCCAUGAGAUAAAUAUGAACAUUAAACUUGGAGUUUUAGUUAUAAAAGACUGUACCUAAGCCUGUAAUAGGUAUAUUCCUAAGAACACGUUUGUAAAUUCUGAAUAUAAUUUUUGGUUGGUUUGCUGUAAUCAGUAAUUGAAAAUUUAAAUUAGCAUAGACCUUGAGGCCUCUUUACUGAGUAAUCAGGCUCUGAAAAAAAGGUUAGAAAUGUGAUCAUUCUUUAGAUAACUUACUUGUUGUAGUGAACUAUUUUCUCAAACACUGGGUAAAUGUUACUCUUUGAAAAAUGGUUUUUUAUAACAAACAUUACUUUGUAAUUGACUUAAGAAUGAUGAAAGGUAUAUAUAUAUAUAUUUUAAAUUUCUUUAAACUCUAGAUACAAGUGUGCAUGCAAUUUCCCAAUAUUUAAAGAAUUUAUUUACUAUUCUAUUUUUCAUUUAAAAGUUUGCGAGAAACAAAGUUUAAAUUCACUAGGUUCA